AAACCACAAAGAAAUUUCAUUUUAAAAAUUAAAUUCAGUCGGCUGAAGAAGGGGAGAGAUUCUUUUACAGCGAGCAUUCAAGUGGCUCCCCCCCCCCCUCUCUCUCUGCUUUCUUUUUUUCUUUCUCCAUCGGGUUGCUAUACAUAUACGUCAACACACUCCAAUGUCUUUUGCUCCAUUUCUCCUCUCUUGCCUUCCAACUGUUUGAUCUAUUUUGUCAGAGGUUGGUGAAGCAUAAGCUGCUUUGUUUGUGUGGGAGAACAGAUUCAGCUUGUAAUACAACUAAGAACCAUGAAGUAUAAAGAUGGGAAGCCCAUAUCACAGCCAGACAAAAGUUCCAGGAGAGUACCCAUGGCAAUAAUGUUCUUGGUGCUAUGUGGUUUUUCUUUCUAUCUUGGUAGGAUCUUCUGUUCUGAGAAGGAGAGAUAUGUUGCUGUUAAUGAUGUCUCAAAGGAAGUUGAAUCUCCCAAGGAAACCGUCUCCGCCUCGCUGCAAAUCAAAGCCACUUCCUUUCCGGAAUGCACCCCGGACUCACAAGACUACACUCCAUGCACAGAUCCAAAGCGGUGGAAGAGGUACGAUCCUCAUCGGUUAAGUUUCUUGGAGCGCCACUGCCCUCCGGUAUUUGAGAGAAAUGAGUGUUUGAUUCCUCCACCCGAUGGCUAUAAAUUGCCUAUCAGAUGGCCAAAGAGCAAAGAUGAAUGUUGGUACAGGAAUGUUCCGUAUGAUUGGAUUAACAAACAAAAAUCUAACCAACAUUGGUUAAAGAAAGAAGGGGAGAAGUUCCUUUUCCCUGGAGGAGGUACAAUGUUCCCUGAUGGUGUUAGCCGUUAUGUGGAUCUCAUGCAAAGUCUGAUUCCUGGUAUGAAAGAUGGCACCAUAAGGACCGCCAUUGAUACUGGAUGCGGGGUAGCUAGCUGGGGAGGAGAUCUGCUAGACCGCGGGGUCUUGACAGUUUCUCUUGCACCGAGAGAUAAUCACGAAGCCCAAGUUCAGUUUGCUUUGGAGCGCGGCAUUCCUGCAAUUCUUGGCAUCAUUUCAACCCAGCGUCUUCCUUUCCCUUCAAGCUCUUUUGAUAUGGCUCAUUGCUCAAGAUGUCUAAUUCCGUGGACUGAGUUUGGUGGACUUUACCUUCUUGAGAUACAUCGCAUAUUACGUCCGGGUGGUUUCUGGGUCCUCUCUGGCCCGCCCGUGAACUAUGAGCACCGAUGGAGAGGGUGGAACACCACCAUUGAAGAACAGAAGUCAGAUUAUGAGAAGCUCCAAGAUUUGCUAACGUCAAUGUGCUUCAAACUGUACAAGAAACAAGACGAUGUUGCCGUUUGGCAGAAACUAGCAGACCCUAACUGCUACAAGAAACUUGACAGUCCUGAAGCAUACCCACCGAAAUGUGAUGAUGGCACCGAACAAGAUUCAGCGUGGUAUGUACCACUCCGCCCUUGCGUCGUAGUGCCAAAGGCUAAGAAAACAGAACUUAAAUCUCUGCCCAAGUGGCCGGAGAGGUUGAAAACUGCUCCAGAACGAGUUAACCAAGUUCGUGGAGGAAGCGAUGGGGCUUUUAAUCACGAUAACAGUAAGUGGAAGACAAGGGUGAAGCACUACAAGAAGUUGCUUCCUGCUCUUGGCACCGAUAAGAUAAGGAAUGUGAUGGAUAUGAACACAUUGUAUGGAGGCUUUGCUGCUUCUCUGAUUGACGAUCCUCUUUGGGUCAUGAAUGUGGUCUCAUCGUACUCUGCAAAUACACUUCCUGUAGUAUAUGACCGUGGUCUUAUUGGUGUCUAUCACGACUGGUGUGAGCCGUUCUCAACGUAUCCUAGAACGUAUGAUCUGCUUCACCUAGAUGGCCACUUCACUGCAGAAAGUCACAGAUGUGAGAUGAAGUAUGUACUGCUAGAAAUGGACCGCAUUUUGAGGCCCAACGGGUAUGCAUUGAUUCGCGAGGCCAGCUAUUAUGCAGAUGCUAUCGCGAGUCUAGCCAAAGGGAUGAGAUGGAGCUGUCGUAAAGAAGCCACAGAGUACAAUGUGGAGAAGGAGAUGAUGUUGGUGUGCCAGAAGAAGCUCUGGUAUUCGUCAAACAAGAAGAGCUCAAGGUGAAACCAAAACUAUCGCGAAAGACACCAACACCCACACACGCCCAGCGGGUAAGUUGCGCCGCUAGCUGCCUCAGAUAUAUAAUUGUAAUUUCAUUUUGAAGAAAGUUGUAUGUAGCACAAUAAUUAUAAUAAUGUCCUUUUGGUAAUCUCUACUUAUUUAUCACACAGCUAUACAUAUUUAUUCUUUUGUAAGAUUCUGCAGUAAAGGGUUGGAUUUGAA